UUCCGGUGUGUCGGCUGCUGCUGGCUGUCAACAUCACAGCAGCUCCAUUUGUGUGACCUGCGACGUGGAUGAUUUUGGUCGUAGUUUUUAAUCCACGUCAAAGAGCAGCAUGUAUCAGGUAAAGCCAAUCUGCGGGGAUGACAUAAAGGUUGAUUUGCCUACCUGCAUGUACAGGUUACCCAAUGUCCACGUGCAGCCGGGGAACCGCUGUACACACGAGCAUGCGCUGCAGAAUGGCGAUGUACUAGACCCGGCAGUCCAAGCUCUGGUGGCCCGACAAGAUGAGAUCAUGCGAAAACUGUACGAACUGAAGGCCGUCGUUGAUGGCCUUUCCAAGACCGUGACCACACCAGAUGCAGACAUGGACCUGACAGUCAGCAGCAGCCUUUCCUGCCAGAGCACCACCACCUUCCGAGGAGCAGCAGACUUGGACACACUCCUGGGAAAGGACCUCGGUGCUCUCCGUGACAUCGUCAUCAACGCCAACCCACAGCAGCCCCCACUGACCCUCUUGGUUCUGCAUAACCUGCUAUGUCAGCGUUACCGUGUGCUCUCCACCAUCCACGUCCACUCUUCGGUCAGCUGCGUGCCACCACAGCUCCUGUCCUGCCUCGGCCCGCGUCAUCCGGACAGCUACGCCCGUCACCUCUUCCAGCUGGGCUUCACCCUCAUAUGGAAAGACGUGCCCAAAGUGCAGAUGAAGUUCAGCGUCCAGAACAUGUGUCCCAUCGAGGGCGAGGCCAAUAUAGCGCGAUUCCUUUUCAAGCUGCUCGCUCCUUACCCGGCCGACCCGGCGCUUGCCACGCUGGUGGACAGCUGGGUGGACAUGGCCUUCUUCCAGAUGGCAGAGGGCAGCGCCAAGGAGCGAGCCGCCGUCCUGCGCGCCCUCAACUCCGCCCUGGGCCGCAGCCCCUGGCUGGCCGGGCAGGAAGUCUCCCUGGCGGACAUGGCCUGCUACUGCUGCGUGCUGAACAGCGGCUCCGCUCCCUCCGCCCCGGCAAACAUCCAACGCUGGCUGAAGUCCUGCGAGAACCUGGGCCACUUCGGCGCCGCUAAGGUACUCCUGCAGUGACCCCAGUGGGCUAGGAUAGCAAAGUGAGAGAAGGGCAUCAUGAUAUGAAAAUCCGCCAGCCGUGUCAGGAACACCUUCUUGUGCUUCCCUCUUUACUGACAAUACGGCAUUGCCUUCUGCCACGCUGCUUUUGUACACUUACGAUACUCAGAGGGUCGAAGCACGAGAGGACUGUGAAGACAAGGGUGUGCUCACACCUUUCACCCACUUUGUGCCUCUGAUGUUUGUGUGUGGUCCCACAGUAUUACGAUUUAUCAGAGUAAUACUUUGUACUGGUGUUUUUUCGGAAAUCAAUAAAAUAACCACUUGGGAUCAAGAUUUUGGAA